AUGGCGUCGGCGGUGGUGACGCCGACGACGGCGUCGAGGUUCACGCGACGGCCCGCGAGCGCGCGCGCGUCGCGCGCGCGUCUCCUGCGCGCGAGCGGCGUCGCGGGAACGCCGCUCGCGGCGCCGAGCGCGAGCCCGCCCGCGAGCGCGAUCCGGUCGUGGACGCGGCGAUGGCGCGUCCGCCCCGCGGGCGCGGCGUCGCUCGCGCCGCUGAGGCCCGUGACCGCGGCGCAGUGCGCCGCGGGUCGCUUCUCCGCGGAUCGCAACAAUCGAGUCGCGAAUGACCGUUCCCCAAGCGGCGGCGGCGGCGCGCGAAGCGGCGCGCGAAACGUUCACGCGACGUUCACUCCGCGCGCGUCCACCGCGAACGCCUCGAACGCCCCGGACAACGACUCGGACUUCGACGCGGACGCGCGCGGCUACGCGCUGCCGCGCGUCCCCGUGACGAUCACGAACGGACAGCGCGCGUUCGCGCUGUGGACGUGCCUCGCCGUCGCCGCCGCCGCGUUCAGCGUCCCCUUCGGCUUCGUGCGCUGGAACCUCUCCACGAUCGCGCCGCUCAUCUGGUGGAAGAUGGGCCUCUCCACCGCGAUUGGGACGACGCUCGCGCUGCCGUACUUGCUCGCGGUCGCCGCGCCGGCGGCGACGCACCGCGCCGGGUUCGCCGCGUUGCUUCGCGCCGCGUUCGGCGUCCGCGGCGCCGCGCUCCCGAGCCUCGCGCGCGGGCUCCUGGGGCUCGCGCUCACCGCGUUCGCGACGUUGAUCGGCGGCGAGGCGACGUACGGUCUGUGGGGGGAGGUGAUGUAUCUGUAUUUCGACGGCGCGCCGCUCCCGGCGGAGGCUCGCUUUGGCGCCUAUUUCGCGUUUUGGGCGCUGCAGCUCGCGACGACGGCGGGGAAAUCCGCGGGGAAGAAGGUCCUCGCGCUCGGAAGGACCGCCGCGGUCGUCGCCGCGGCGUACCUCGCGUGGUCCUGGAACGCCGGCGACGCCGCGGUCGUCUUCGACGCGACGAUGAGCACGAUGCCCGCGCUGAGCGAGGGCUUGGCGGCGUUCGUCCCCGAGCUCGGCGCCGAGUUUUGGAAACACGCCGCCACCGUCGCGGGUGUGUGGAUGACGUUGGGGUCUAUCGUCCCCGACUACGCGCAGCGGAUGACCGACGCCGGCGAGGUAGCGAAAGGGCAGAUUUUGCUCUUGCCCGCGCUCUCCGCGGCGGCGGCGCUCGUGGCGUCGUCGCUCGCGCAGGCGCCGAACGUGGCGCUGUACGGCGUCGUCGCCGUCGCGGCGCUCGUCACCAACGCGGUCGUCAACGUCGUCGGACCGACCGCGGCGCUGACCGGGAAUGGUGACGGCGGGAUGUCCCCGCGCGCGGCGGCGGUCGUCGUCGCGCUCGCGGCGGCGGCCGCCGCGCCGCUCGUGCUGACGUGGCAGCAGGUUGUCGCCGCGUCGUCGUGGGCGGUGGGCGUCGGGUCGCUGCUCGUCGCGCCCGCGGUGGCGGUCGCCGUCGCGGACUACUGGGUCAUGCGCGACAGGGUCAUCGACCGCGACGCGCUCGGGUCGAGCCCGGAUUCGGAGGGGGCGUACGCGUAUUUGAAAGGCGUGAAUUGGCGCGCGAUCGUGGCGUUCAUCGCGGGCGCGGCGCCGGACGUGGUGUCGCUCGCGCCGGAGAUUCUGGGCGCGUUCGCCGGGAAAGGCGCGGACGUGUUUUAUUCCGCGUACGUCGUCAACAUGGAGUACAGCAGCCUGUACUCCGUCGCGUACGCGUUCGUGACGUACGUCUUGCUCUCCACGAUUUUCAUGCCGGAUUCGGUGAAGAUGGCGAAAGCGGAAGCGAGGGAACGGGAGAACCGCAGGGGCGUCGGGAAAGAGGGCGCGGCGGCGUCCAAGCCGCCGCCGCUGCGGACGCGAGUGCCCGUGAUCCCGCCGUCGCAGCCCGGGGAGCCGCGAACCGCCGCGGAGGAGGAAGAGCUCCAGUCCUACGUCGCGGACACGGUCUCCACCGCGGAUCGCGUCGCGGGCGCGGUCGCGAAGGGGCCGUCCUCCAAGUCGGCGGCGGACGACGACGCGUCCGCGCCGUCGUCGACGCCGCCCCUCGCGGACGUCCCGGUCGUCAUCAACAAGAACACGGUGAAGAACAACUUCUACGUCGCGCAAGAGAUCGAGCGCAUGACGCGGAAGAUGCCGCUCCCUGACCCGGACGACGACGAGGAGAUCGAUUUCGAUGUCGUGAAGCGCUUCUACGACGACCUCGAAGCUCGAAUCGGCGACGCGCUCGCUCCGGCGCGCGCGACGCAACGCGACGCCCUCGACGCGAUCGCCGCGCUCGCGGCGGAGCAGCGCUCGAUGCUCGAGGGCCACGUCGCGGACGGCGGCGGGAUGUCCAUGGCCGAGGUGCGGUACGAGGUGUUCAAGAUGAAGCAGCUCGUCGCGGAGGCGGAGACGGCCGCCGCGGUGGUGGCGAAGGAGCUCUCCGAGGCGUGGGCGUUUUUCGAGCAAGAGGGCGCGGAGGACGUCGGAGAGAUCGAAGCGCGGCUGGAGUCCGAGCGCGCGUCGCGGAACCUCGCCCUCGAGCGCAGGUCCGUCCAGGUCGUGUACAAGCUCGUGGACGAGCGGAAGCAGCGCGAGGCGGACGCGCGGCGCGCGGCGACGGAGCAGGCGAGGGAGCUGAGAGAGUCCGCCGCGAAGAAGCGCGACGUCGACGCCGCCGCGGCGAAGGCGACGGACGAGCUCCGCGCGGAGGACGAGUCGCGGUCGUUCAUUCGCAACUGGGCGCUCGCCGUGGACACGUGGAUCGUGCCUCCCAUCCUCGAGGUCCCGAUGCUUCCGAUGUCCGAGCAGGAGGCGGCCAAGCGCGCGGAGGAGGACGCGCGGAGGAGUCAGUACGAGUUCAACGCGCGGCAAGUCGCGGAGGAAGAGAGCCGCCGCCGCGCGGAAGAGGACGAGCGACGGCAGUCCGCGGAGAGCGACCUUCGAAGGCAGACGAUGGACGAGGAACGGCAGAUUGGCCAGGAAGAAGUCCGUCGCAAGGCUGCCGCGGACGAGAUCCAGCGCCUGCGGAUGAUGGUCCUGGAGUCCACGGAGGGGUUAGAGAGCGCGCAGAGCGGCGCGGGCAAGCGCAGCUCGAUGCGAAUGAUCGAAGAGGAGACGAACGUCGAGCGCGAGAACAUGCGACGCGACUCGAUGCAGGUGGAGAUCCAGCGCCUCGUGGACGACAUCGCGGUGAUGGAGGAGAAGGAAGAGCAGCGGCGAACGGAGUUCGACGCGCGGUUAGAGAGCAUGGCGAACGAGGAGCAAGCGCGGCGGGACGAGGAGGCGGCGAAACGCGUCGACUUUAAAGCCGACGCGGAGCGCGCCGAGGAGGAAGAGAUGAAACUCCGCGCCGAGGAAGAGAAGCUUCGCGACGCGGCUCGAAACGAGCUCGACGCCGCGAACGCCGCGCUCGCGGCCGUUGUCGAAGAGACCGAGUCCCGACGCGCGGACGCGCUCAUGAACAUCCGAAAGCUCAUGGACGAAGAGGCGCAGACGCGUGCGGAGGAAAACGCGCGACGCGGCGACGCGGAGAACAGCCUCGCCAUGGCUGCGAUCGACGAGCGCGCGCGGCUUCUCGCGGAAGAGGACGCGCGCCGCGCCGUGGAGAACGCGAGACGCGCCGACGCCGCGGACGCCGCGGGGGACCGCGCGCGAUCCGAGCAGGCGAACAUCGAGACGGAGGAGAUGCGUCGGCAAGACGCCGACGACGCGGUUCGCGCCGCGGGGGGCGAGUUGGAGGACCUCGAGAGAGAGAUCGCGCAGCGUCGGUCCGGGUUCGCGCUCGACGCGGAGGCGCGCAAGAUUGCGUUCAAAGCCCUGGAGGACGACGAGGCGCGACGGAGGGCGUUCGCGGAGGAGGCGAUGGCAGCCGCCGCGGAGGCGGAGGCGAGGCGCGAGGAGCGUCGCCGCGAGAUGGCGCUCGCGGCGUUGUCGCGCGCGGUGACGGAGGAGCAACGGCGCCGCCGCGCGGAGGAUGAACGACGCGCGAAAGCCGCCGCGGAGCUUCAGCGGUUCCAGGAGCUCGAGAAGAAGCGCGCGGCGGACGAGGAAAUUCGCAGGCAAAACGCGGACGCCGCGGCGGAGAAGGCGGCGGAGGACGAGAAGCUGCGCAGAGAGAAGGAGGACGAGCGAAGAGCCGAGGCGGACGCGGCGGAGAAAGCCGCGCAAGAACGCGAGCUCGCGAAGAGAGAAGAAGAGGACAAACGCAGAGCCGCCGCCGCGGCAGCCGCCGCCGCGCUCAAAAAGGCUGCGGUGCAGCAGCUCGAGGAAGAGGAAGCGCGCCGCGGCGCCGCGGAAGCCGCCGCGGACGCGCGCGUCGCCGUCGAGAAGAAGCAACGCGUCGAGGAGGAGGAACGCCGAGCGAAAGCGCUCGCCGCGGCGAAAAAAGCCGUCAACGACGAAGCGAAACGCCGCCAAGAAGAAGACCGCCGACGCGCCAAGGCGGACAUCGAGAUGAAACGCAUGGCGGACAAGGAGAUGAACCGCCGACGCGAUGAGGACGCGCGCCGACGCGCCGCGGAGGCGGAGGAGCAGAGGCUCGCGAUGGAGGAGGCGAGGAUGCGUUCCGAGGCGGACGCGAAGGCGCGCGCGGCGGCGACGGAUAUGGAACGGAAAGCGACCGAGGCUGCGAGGAUCACGGCCAACGAGGAGCAACGCCGCGCUACCGCGGACGCGGACGCGGACCGUCGCGCGGCGUCCGAGCGCGCGCGACGCGAGUCCGAAGACGCGCGCAGGGCGGCGGCGGACCAGGCGAUGGAGGACGCGCGCGCGGCGGAGACCAAACGCCGCGAAGAAGAAGACGCGCGAAGAGCCAUGGCCAUGGACGCGUUGUCACGAGCCGUGGACGAAGAACGCGAACGCGUCGCCGCGGAGGACCGCAGGCGCGAGGACGCCGUCUUCGCCGCGAGGACCGCCGCGAACGAGGAGCAGUCCAUCAUCCAGGCGGAGAACGACCGACGCGAACGCGCCAAGGAAGUCGCCAUCGCCGCCGCGAAAGAGGAAGCGAUUCGCAGAGAGGACGAGGCGACCAGAAGAGGCGCGGCGUCGGAGGAAUACGCCGUCCUGCUCGCCACCCUGCGCGCGAUGGACGGCGAGUUCGCGCCGCGACGAGCGGCCGCCGCGGACGCGGCGCAGGCGGCGUUGGACGCGGAACGAGUCGCCGUCGUCGCCGCCGCCAAGGCGAGAGAGACGGCGAUCCAAGAGGACAAGGACGCCGCGUCCGCGGAGGCCAAGACGCGCGCGGAGGAGGACGCGAAGAUUGACGACAAAAAGGCGGCGCUCGUCGCGAUGCAACGCGCGGAGAUGGCGAAGCGAAGAGAGGAGGACGAUCGCCGCCGCGUCGCCGUCGCGGAGAUUGAACGCGCGCUCGCCGCGGAGGCUGUCGUGUUGGAGUCCGAAGAACGCCGCCGCGCGGCGUUCGCGUCCGAGAUCGAGCGGCUCAGCGCGCUCGCCGCCGACGCGGCGAAGCGCGACGAGGCGUCGAUCCGAGCCAAGGAAGAGGCGCGCCGCCGACAGGCGGAGCUCGAGGUUCGAAGAGCCGAGGAGGAGGAGCGGAGAACCAUCGCGGCGGAGGAUCUCCGACGCGAAAAGGCGGACGACGCGAUCGAGGACGCGGAGAAGGACCUCGCGAAGGACCGCGACGACGAAUCCGCGCGCCGCGCCGCCUGGGAGGCGUCCAUGGCGGACCGCGCGCGCGCGGAGGCGGAUCGCCGCGCGAGAGAAGACCGCCGCGCCGCCGACGCCGAGGAGGCGCUUCGACGCAGCGCCAACGACGAGGACGCGCGACGCCGCGACGAAGAGUACCGCCGCGAAGAGCUCGAGACGCGCCUCCGCGAGAUGCUCGAAGAGGACGAGCGCCUCACGAAGGCGGAGGAAGAGCGCCGCGCCAAGGCGGAGACGGAGCUGCGCGACCUCAUCACGGAGGAACAGACGUUGACGCAGGCGGAGGAGGCGAGACGCGCGGCGCGCGCGGCGGACGUCGAGGCGACGGCGAGGCGCGAGCAACAGAUCCAAGAGAGCGAGGACAAGCGCCGGGCGGACGCGGACGCGUUCCUUCGCCGCGCGCGGUCCGCGCUCGACGCGCUCGUCGCGGAGAUCGAGGCGAGACGCGGGGCGUACGAGGACGCGCAGGCGGCGGCGGCGGCCGCGGAGAACGCCACGCGAGAGCAAGAAAACGCGCGGCGACGCGACGAGGAGACGACGCGUCGGAAGCAAUCCGAGGAAGAGGCGGAGCUCCGCGUCACGGAGGAGUCCCGCCGCGUCGUCGAGGCGUCGCGUCGGAGCAAGGAGGAGGCUGCCGCGCGAAGAGCCGCUGAGCUCGAGGCGCGUCGCCGCGCCGCGGAGGACGCGCGCGCGAGCUCGGCGCGGCGAGAUAUGGACGCCGCGUCCGUCGCGCGUCGCAGAGCCGAGGAGGCUGUUCAAGCGACCGCCGCGGUCGCGGAGGCUGCGCUUCGCGAGCAGAAGCGACGCGAGGCUGACCUCGCGGCGAAGACUGGGCGCGCGACCGCGGCGGUGGGCGACGCGGUCGCGGAGAGCGGCGGCGGCUCGAAGGCGGCGGCGGCGGCGGCGGAGGAGGACCCGAGGGAGCGGCGCCGGCGCGAGCGCGAGGAACGCGAGGCGGCGAGAGCGGCGCGGCGCGAGGCGAGAGAAGCCGAGCGCGACGCCGCGGCCGCGGAGAAGGACGCCGCGCGCCGCGCGAAGGCUGCCGAGGCGGACGCGAAGGCUGCCGCGGACAUCGCGAAGGCGGAGGCGGAGGCGGCGGAGGCGAUGGAAAAGGCGGCGGCGGCGAUGGACGACGAGGAGACUCCUCCUCCGCCGCCGCCGGCGCCGCCGGCGCCGCCGUCGCUCGCGGACGCGAUGGACUCCUUCGGCGCGAUCGACGCGCCGUCCACGUCCGAGAGCACCGCCGGGAAGUCCGAGCUCAUGUCCUCGCUGGACCGCGGCGAAGCGCAGGAGAUCGUCAAAGCGCUCGCGGCGGACAAGGACCCGCUCCGAGCCAUCGCGGUUCUCGCGGAAUCUCGAAACGACGCCGGCGCCGCGGAGGCCAUCGGCGCGCUGUGGCGCGAGAACGCGUCGAGAGCCGCGGAGGUCCUCAUGGGCCUCGAGACGGCGCGCGGCGCGGAGUUGCUUCGCAUCUUGUGCGAGACCUUGGGCGAGGUGGACGCCGCGACCGCGCUCGUCGCGAUGGAGGAGCCGGGCCGGGCCAACGGCGUCGCGCAGUUUAUUCUUCCGUACGGCGCGCGAUCCGUCGUGUACAAGGGGAAGGAGCUUCUCGCGGCGAUCGCGUCGACGUCCCCGAGCGCCGCGAAGAAGAUCUACGCGGGUUUGCUCCCCACGGAGCAGGUGUCCAUCUUGAGGCGGGCGUGCCUCGGGAUGGGGCAGCGGCCCGGGAGCGAGGACAAAGAGACGCGCACGGCGCUCGUGGCGAGAGACGACGGCGGCGCGCCGGAUCCGUCGCUCGCCGCGCUCCUCCUCAGCGGCUUGACGGAACAAGCCGCGGUCGAGGUCGUGCACCGGUUCAAGACCAGAGGGGUGAAGAACGGGAGCGAGAAGUGGCAACGCAGGCAGACCGCGGCCGCGGAGGUGAUGGACGCGCUGGGGGAGAUUAACCCCGGGUUCGCCGCCGGGUGCAACGACGCGCUCGCGAAGAAGAGAUGA